GAAGCAGACAAGGGAAUCUUACAACAAACAAAAAAUGAUGUGAGUGAAGUAGAAAAGCAGUAGAAGUCAGAGUGCAGCUGACGGAUGGAGGAGGUUGUCAAGGAUGAGGAGAGAAGAGUCACGACAGAUUUCUCUCUUUCUGCUGGAAGUGGAGUGAACAACCCAGAUCCUCUGAUUUUUCAGCCCAGCCAGCCAGGCUUCCCUCUUUCAAGCUCCUUUUGUCUUAUUUCCCCCUUCAUUCUGAAAAGAUAUACUGAAUAAGGAGUAAUUUCUUGACCAACCGUGAUUCAAAAGGAAGCUCAGCCACAGAACAGGCAAGUGUGGUGUUGCCUAGAGGAAAAGGACAUGUAGAGGCAGGUCUCAGAGAGAUCCACCCAGGUUUUGCAAAAAAAGGCACCUCCUUCACCACAAGGUCUAAGACCUUCCAAGUUCAGGAAGAAAGUAUCAGCUCCCCCAUGAACAAACUGGUGCAAUGUACCCAGUAGGACCAGUGUGAGUGAACUGGAGGCUUCUCUACAACAUGACCCAUAUGGACAACAUGGGUCCCCUUGGCAGCCUGAAGUUUGUGACUCUCCUGGUGGCCCUAAUUCCAGAACUCGUAUUCCUGGGAGCCGGAGUGCAGCUUCAAGAAAAUGGGUAUGAUGGAUUACUCGUUGCAAUCAAUCCUCAGGUAUCCGAGGAUCAGAACCUCAUCCCAAACAUUAAGGAAAUGAUAACUGAAGCUUCUUUUUACCUAUUCAAUGCUACCAAGAGAAGAGUGUUUUUCAGAAAUGUAAAGAUUUUAAUACCUGCCACAUGGAAAGCUAAUAAUUACAGCAAAGUAAAACAAGAAUUAUAUGAAAAGGCAAAUGUCAUAGUGACUGGCCGGUAUGGGGCACAUGGAGAUGACCCAUACACACUACAAUACAGAGGUUGUGGAGAAGAGGGAAAAUACAUUCAUUUCACAUCUAACUUUCUCCUAAAUGAUGACUUAAUAGCUGGCUAUGGACCACGAGGUAGAGUAUUUGUCCAUGAAUGGGCCCAUCUCCGUUGGGGUGUGUUCGAUGAAUACAAUGAUGAGAAACCUUUCUACAUAAAUGGGCAAAAUCAAAUUAAAGUAACAAGGUGUUCUUCUGACAUCGCAGGCAUUUUUGUAUGUGAAAAAGGCCCUUGCCCCCAAGAAAACUGUAUUAUUAGUAAACUUUUCAAAGAAGGAUGUAUGUUCAUAUACAACAGCACCCAAAAUUCAACUGCAUCAAUAAUGUUCAUGCAAAGUUUAUCUUCUGUAGUUGAAUUUUGUAAUGCACAUACCCACAACCAAGAAGCUCCAAACCUACAGAACCAAAUGUGCAGCCUCAGAAGUGUGUGGGAUGUAAUCACAGACUCUGCUGACUUUAACCACAGCUUUCCCAUGAAUGGGACUGAGCUUCCGCCUCCUCCUGUGUUCUCCCUUGCUCAGGCUGGUGACAAAGUGGUGUGUCUAGUCCUAGAUGUGUCCAGUAAGAUGGCAGAGGCUGACAGACUCCUUCAACUGCAACAAGCAGCAGAAUUCUACUUGGUGCAUAUUGUUGAAAUCCUUACCUUUGUGGGCAUCGUCAGUUUCAACAGCAAAGGGGAGAUCAGAGCCCAGCUACACCAAAUUAACAGCGAUGAUGACCGAAAGCUGUUGGUUUCACAUCUGCCUAUGACUGUGUCAGCAGAAGCAGAAACCAGCAUUUGCUCAGGGCUUAAGAAGGGAUUUGAGGUGGUUGAAAAACUGAAUGGAAAAGCCUAUGGCUCUGUGAUGAUAUUAGUGACUAGUGGAGAUGAUGAGCAUAUUGGCAACUGCUUACUCACCGUGCUCAGCAGUGGUUCAACCAUUCAUUCCAUUGCCCUGGGUUCAUCUGUGGUUGAAAAUCUAGAGGAAUUAUCACAUCGUACAGGAGGUUUAAAGUUCUUUGUUCCAGAUAACUCAAACUCCAACAGCAUGAUUGAUGCUUUCAGUAGAAUUUCCUCUGGAACCGGAGACAUUUUUCAACAACAUUUUCAGCUCCAAAGUACAGGUGAAAAUGUUAAACCUCACCAUCAAUUGAAAGACGCCGUGACUGUGGAUAACAGUGUGGGCAAUGACACUACCUUUCUAGUCACAUGGCAGACCGGUGGCCCCCCCGAGAUUUUAUUAUAUGAUCCUAAUGGAAGAAAAUAUUACACAAAUAAUUUUACCACCAAUCCAGCUUUGCAGACUGCUCGUCUCUGUGUUCCCGGAACUGCUGAGCCUGGGCUCUGGACCUACACUCUGAACAAUACCCACCAUUCUCGUCAACUCUUGAAAGUGACAGUGACCUCUCGUGCCUCCAGCUCAGCCAUGCCCCCUGCUACUAUGGAAGCCUUUGUGGAAAGAGAUAGCACCCGUUUCCCCCAUCCAGUGAUGAUUUAUGCAAAUGUGAGAAAGGGGAUUUAUCCCAUCCUUAAUGCUACUGUUACCGCUAUAAUUGAGCCAGAGGCUGCAGACCCUGUUGCACUGGACCUUUUUGACAAUGGAGCAGGUGCUGAUAUUAUAAAAAAUGAUGGAAUUUACUCGAGGUAUUUUUUCUCCUUUGCUGCAAAUGGUAGAUAUAGCUUGAAAGUGCAUGUCAGUCACUCCCCCAGCCUAAGCGGCCUAGCCUACUCUAUUCCAGGGAGUCGUGCUAUGUAUGUACCAGGUUACAUAGCAAAUGGCAACAUUCAGAUGAAUGCCCCAAGAAAAUCAGCAGGCAGGAGUGAGGAGGAGCAAAAAUGGGGCUUUAGCCGAAUAAGUUCCGGAGGCUCCUUUUCCGUGCUAGGAGUUCCAGCCGGCCCCCAUCCUGAUAUGUUUCCACCAUGCAAAAUCACUGACCUGCACGCUGUCAAAGUGGAAGAGGAGGUGACUUUAUCUUGGACAGCACCUGGAGAAGACUAUGACCAAGGCCAGGCCAACAGCUAUGAAAUAAGAAUCAGUAAACAUUUACAGAAUAUUCAAGAUGACUUUAACAAUGCCAUUUUAGUGAAUACAUCAAAACUAAAUCCUCAGAAAGCUGGGACCAAGGAGGUAUUUACAUUCUCACCAAAGUUUUUCACAAAUGGACCUGACCACCAACCUGAUGGAGAGAUGCAAGAAAGCCACAGAAUUUAUGUGGCAAUACGAGCAAUAGACAGGAACUCCUUAAAGUCUGCUGUAUCUAACAUUGCCCAGGCAUCUCUGUUUAUCCCCCCAUAUUCUGCUCCUAUACUUGCCAGAGACAAUCUUAUAUUGAAAGGAGUUUUGACAGCAGUGGGUUUAAUAGGAAUCAUUUGCCUCACUAUAGUCAUAACACACUGUAUUUUAAACAGGAAAAAGAGAUCAGACAAGAAAAAGAAUGGAACAAAAUUAAUAUGAGCAAAUGUACAGAGUACCUUCCUCCUUAGAUAUAAAAUCCAUGGCCUUUACACUUUACAAAAACAUACCAGUAAAGUCAAAUUAACACCAGAACUAUUAAAAAUGCUUUGAGUUUUUGUAUAAUACAAGUCAGAUUUUUACAUGGUAAGCAGACAAAAAUUCUUUUAUAACACUAUUUUUGAGGGGAAAUUAGGAAACCCUUAAGCUUUGGUUAUGGACAAAAUAAUAAAAAUUAUUCUCCAAGGUAAUGUCUUUAAAAGCAAAGGCAAGGGCAAGGUUGAACCAAAGUAAAA